AUGAAAACUUAAUUAUAAAGAAGUUCAUAUGGAGAAUUAUCAUCCAUUCGUUCAUAUCCAACAGAGAAAUUGAAUACACAGUCCGAUAGUGAAUUGGUUGAAGUUGACAUGGAUAAACUCAAUUUUCAUUCAUUUUACUAGGUCUCAGAUCCAAUUCAAUCAUAAUCAAAUUAAGUGGAAGGAGAGCUAUUCAUUAGAGAUUUUAUUAAAAGACUAAUUGCCAAAGUCUCCAAAAAAAUCACUGAGAAUGAACAAAUCAAAAUGCUGCCAGUCAUUGGUUAUUAAUCUUCCAUCGAUAGAAUGUUACAUCCAAUUCAAUAAUACUUUAGACAACAUGAAGAUCCUUCAUUUGAUUAUUUGACAGGAGGAUUAGAAGAAGAUGAAGAACCUGUUAGAUUCCAACAAGAAUAAUGGUUGGUUCAAAAAGUUUUAUCAAUACCUGCCAAGAUAAUGGAAGUAGAAUAAUAAAGCACAAAUUCUAAUCGAUAAUCCCUAACAGCUUAAACCUUUAAAAGAUCAAGAGUCUUAAUCUAAGAUUAAGCUUAAAUGAAUAAUUAAAAAAAUGUAAAAGAAAAAUUACCAGGGAUUGUUGAUCUCAAUGAUCCCUUGGAUAUCAGUUUAACUGAAGAAUUAUUGAGAGCAUAGAAGGAGAGAGAUUAUAAGAUUAUGUAAGAUCUCAAAGAACAAGAAAGAAGAAGGAAACAAAAAGAACUAGAGGAGUAAUAAUUGAAAUAUGAACUUAUAUCUAAAGAUAAAAAAUCUAAAUCAUACACUUAUGAUUACGAUGGAAAAUUGAUUUCUGUCACCACUUUGAAAGGUCAUAAAUUUCCACCUACUGCUGCAACACUAGGAUCCAAGUUUGAAGAUGGCCAAACCAAGGUUAACAUGUUCAAUAGGAGGAAAACCUUUUAUUAGAGUCAAAGCUCUCAAAUCAAAAAGAAAUAAGAUGAUGAGAAGGAAAAGGAUACAAAGGAACAAAUAAAAUUUUAGUCUAUUGCACCUCUUGUCAAUGAAAAUAUGCAUCUAUAAUCUGGAGUUCUCAUUAUAUAAGAAGGUAGAGUUAGAGAAGGCCCAAGAGAUCAUCCCAUUAAUCUUGAUAAAAUGAGUGAUCCUACUUUAAGGAUGGUCAGGAAUGAAUACUUGUCUUUGACUUAAUAAAUCAAUGCAUCUCAUAAUUAAUCAUCGGCAUAAUUAGUUAAAGCAGAAGAAGCUUAAAUUAAAGAAUUUUCCAAUGACUAAGAUAAAAAAUAAAUUCUGAAUAGAAUUCGUAGGUUAAGUCAACCAAGUAUUACAAGUGAUGGAAAUAUUAAGAUAAACUCGAUGCAAAUGUAUGAGUAGGUGGCCUAAGUUAUUUUCGAAAAUAAAGAAUAACUUCCAAUCCCAAUCACUAAAUCAAAUAAUAAUACUACAAAAGAUUUACAAAUGAUGAAAUCUCCUACUGAUCAAUACAAUAUUUCGCUCUAUAAAAAUACAGCUUGGGGUAAAGAAGUCCCAUCUACUCAGAGCAAUACAACAAAACUUAAAGGCAGUAAAGCUAAAGUAAAAGAUAUUUUGUCAACAGUUGGAAUCGUCGUUAAAAGAACUAGAGAAAGAAGAGGGAUAUCAGAAAUACAACUUCCAAGAAUGAAAAAUAUUUCUCAAAUUUGA